GUCACAUUUUAGGCCGCGUGAGAGAAACACAGCACAGGAGGAACACACCAGAGAGAGAGGAUCCCAAUUCUACUUACCAUCGUUGAACAACCCAUUUAUCCGCGAGGUCGACCAGCCGAUUCUCCAGGAGAGAGAGAGAGAGAGAGAGAGAGAGAGAGAGAGAGAGAGAAGAAUUGAAUGGCUUCACUGAGGUUAGUAGCCCUAAAAGCUCUACAUAGACCAUCAUCGCUGUGGAAGUGCAACCUCUCCCACGCCUUCCUCCCCCGCACUCAUGCCUUCCCCACCGUCCGACCUUUCUCCGCCGUCAUGUCGCCGCCGUCCACGGCGGUCGUCUACGACCAGCACGGACCUCCCGAUACCGUCACCAGAAUAGUUGAGGUUCCACCAGUUGAGCUCAAAGCAACCGAUGUGUGCGUUAAAAUGCUUGCUGCUCCUAUUAAUCCUUCUGAUAUUAACAGGAUUGAAGGUGUGUACCCGGUGAGGCCACAAGUGCCAGCAGUGGGAGGAUAUGAAGGUGUUGGAGAGGUACACUCUUUAGGAUCUUCAGUUAAGGAUCUAUCUCCUGGUGAUUGGGUCAUCCCAUCUCCUCCUUCAUCUGGUACAUGGCAGACAUAUAUUGUAAAAGAUCAAAGUAUAUGGCACAAAAUAGAUAAAGGCAUGCCAAUCGAAUAUGCUGCCACAAUUACUGUUAACCCUUUGACUGCACUAAGAAUGCUCGAGGACUUUACCAGUCUAAAAUCAGGCGAUUGUAUUGUUCAAAAUGGGGCAACAAGCAUUGUGGGGCAGUGCAUUAUUCAGCUUGCUAGAUAUCAAGGCAUCCAUAGCAUCAAUAUCAUAAGGGACAGGCCUGGAUCUGAUGAAGUAAAAGAUAAGCUCAAGAAGCUUGGUGCGGAUGAAGUGUAUACUGAGAGCCAACUGGAAGUGAAGAAUGUCAAAGCUCUCUUGGCUGACAUACCUGAGCCUGAUCUGGGAUUCAACUGUGUUGGAGGCAAUGCUGCUUCUUUGGUUCUUAAAUUCUUGAGGCAGGGAGGAACUAUGGUAACAUACGGUGGAAUGUCCAAAAAGCCUAUAACGGUAUCGACCUCGUCUUUUAUUUUCAAGGACCUUUCCCUGAGGGGAUUCUGGUUGCAGAAAUGGAUGAGUUCUGAUAAAGCAAAGGAGUGCAGAAAAAUGAUUGAUCUUCUUUUGAGCAUAGUUCGCAAGGGAAAAUUAAUAUACGAGAUGGAGCUGGUUCCUUUCAGCGAUUUUCCCACUGCAUUGGAUAAGGCACUCGGAAAACUAGGAAGUCAACCAAAACAAGUGAUCAAAUUCUAACCCUGAUGCGGGACGGAUGGAAAUUUAACUCCUUACAAGUUACAAGUCCCUGGUACAUGUGGGAUUUAACUCAGGCUUUUGCUUGCUUCUACUGCUCUUCAAAGUGCAAUUUGGAUCAAGGAUUUUGGUAAACAACAGGAAAUGGAAGGAUUAAAUUCUUGGGAGCCAUUAAAUCCGUUAACAUGUUGAAAUUUCAUAUUUCUAUUCCUUGCCCAAAUCUUUGAUCCAAUUACAUCCUCAAAGUGUAAUCUGAAAUUGCCUUGAUGAUACCUUUCUUGCUGGAAUUAUUCCGCUGUAGCAAUUGGAGUUUGUGCAAGGAUACCGAGAUGAGGAAGCUUUUGGUAUAAGAGAACUCCUGUUUAAUGA